AGAGCUGAAUUUGAUGUCAAAAAAAACUUACACAUCAACUUUUAUCUUAUUUGUUACUUUUUCGAAUUUUCAUUUUUGCUCAUACAGGGUGGUCAAAAAUAAGAGUCAAAUAUGUCAGUUAAAUAAGCCAACCUCCAUUGAAACGUGUCAAGAAAUCGUGUUUUUCUUUGAACUCAAGAAAAUGAAUUACCUCUUCUUUCAAUUCAUAAAGGCGAGCCAACAUGCUGCCUUUGGACAGCCUUCGUACUUCUGUAUGGAACAGAAGAACCUUGUGAUCAGAAUCGAGAUCCUCGCAAAGUAACGUA